GUGAGUAAUCUCCUAACUCAUCUCUGUUUCAAAACCGAUAUUUUUCUGUGCGCAGUGUGCGACAUUUUCAACGAAUAUUUCAAGAAACAUGUAUAACAUUAUUUAAUACUGUAAAUAUCAGAUGUUAAAUAUGUUUAUAGUAACGAAAGAAAUUGACAGUGAAAACAUUAGUAAAUUAUGUCGAACGUGUCUGAGGGAAGAUGGGGAGAAAAUGAUUUGUUUAUUUAUGGGGCCUGCCGGUUCCUCUUUAGCAGCUAAACUACGUUCUUUAUCCUGUUUAGAGGUCUGGCAAGGUGAUGGGUUGCCAGAGAAAAUGUGCGAUCGAUGCGUAACCCGAGCUGAAUCAGCCCUCCUGUAUAGAGAACAAUGUCGAGCAGCCGAUAGAGCCCUGAGACAAGCUGCACUAAAGGUUUCAGGCUUGACAUCAUAUACAACGGUAUCUGGGUGUAAACUAUAUCAGCAGGACGAAGGAUUUGUCCCGAUUCAUAACUCACAAACAACUUUGAAAUGUAUCGAAUGUGGUGCAGUAUUUAUGAAUUAUCAAGAACUCUGUAUACACAAUAAGGUUCAUGUACCUUUUACUCAGGAUAGUUCUCCGACGCAGCACAUGCAUAUAGUUGAGUCUCAAUCCUCUUAUCUGAACCUUAGUCAAAUUUCGGACAAUGCAGUGUCCGAAGGACAUAUACCUUUAAUCGUUAAGCCGAGAACAUUAUCUAUAGAUAAUGAAAACCCCAACAGAGCUGCCUGUGCAUUGCAUUGCUCAUUAUGCAAUCAUACCUUUACUAAUAGAACUCAAUUAAUAAGUCACAAUUUCACACAUAGUACCGACAAUGUAGAUACCCCACAUGAUGACGAAAAUGUAGAGAUCGGAGAAGAAUCAAAUCCAAUUGCACGUAAUUUAAGUUAUGACAGAUGCAUCGGACACUCCAUGGAAACAUCUAUCCAGAAUUUAUCAUAUCCUAGAUCGUCCUCGAAUAACGACGAUGAGAUACAGAAUUUAAAUUAUUCUGAAAGUGUUAUCGUAAGUGCAGAACACGUAAACAUUCCUAAUCCUGUGCAAAAUCUGGGAUUGCAUUCGAAGAAGGAAUUAUCUACCUCCCAAGACUUAUCCUUUUCUAAACUUCCUGACAAGAGUAAACAUUUACAAAAUGGAAUCAAGUGUGACGGCAAUCCCAUUAAUGAAAAUUUAAAAAUUGACCAGGUUUUAAAUACAAAUACAACUGCAAAAUUAAAGAAAUAUAAAUGUGACACUUGCUACAAAUCAUUUUCUCAAAAGUCUAAGCUAUCGAGUCAUCAGUUGUCGCACACUGGUCAGCGACCCUUUAAAUGUACCAGUUGUGACAAAGCAUAUUCAUCAAAAAGUAAACUUAAUGCGCACAGAAAAUUGCACAGCAACACAAAUGUUCAUCGAUGCAUAGUAUGCAAUAAGACUUUUCCAUAUCCAUCAUAUCUAACAGAGCACGCAAAAAUACAUAACAAUAAUGUGAAUGAAGAACGUGAUUCCACGCAAAGCAACAGUUUUGAAUGCAAUAUUUGCAACAAACGUUACCGCCUUGCGAAGAACUUGAAAGCUCACUUAAAAUUUCACACCGGCGAAGGCUUGGUGCAAUGCGAAAUCUGCGACAAACAAUUUAAUAAGAAAUAUAAUUUAAAGGUGCACCUCCAAAUGCACAAACCGACAAAUUUACACAAAUGCGAAUUUUGUAACAAAACUUUUAUCCAGAAGGGAAAUCUCGUGGAACACUUGAGGAUUCAUACGAAAGUAAAGCCUUUUAAGUGUAAACAAUGCGAUAAAAGUUUUUCACAAUCCAGUCAUUUAAAGAGUCACGAAGCUUCCCACGAAUUAGAGAGGCGACAUCAAUGUAGACUUUGUGGAAGACGCUUUAAACUGGCAAGCCAUUUAAAAAGGCAUUUAAACGUACACGCGGUGUUAAAAACAUUUAAGUGCGACCAAUGCAAUCAAUUAUUUUCCCAAGCCUUCAGCUUGAAGAGACACUCGAAAAGGCAUAACGAAUCUCAUACCUAAGAAAAUAGACUACCAAUUAUUUGAUACUUGUAAAUAGAAAUAACUGUGCGGCGUG